AUGGAACGAGCUUGGCUCACACACUUUGGAAAUAGUCUAGGUGCUAUGCAUGAAGCAACUGGGCGCGCUGACGAAGUUCUCUUUACAACCACUAGUAGCGGGUUUUUCUCGUCUCAUAAUGGAGCUUCUAAACAACUUAGCCAGAGUUUCGAAAGCAAUCCAUACACCGCCAGUUGGACACCUGGUUCUGCGUCGACAUGGUUUAUUGGUAACAGUACGGUACAGCCGACGACGGAAUUCCUUUUGCCGGAAUCGCCGUACUCGUCUGGACUUAUCAUCAUACUCAUGACAGCGGCCGUGACGAUUACGGUAUUUGCGAUCGUCGGGAAUACUCUCAUCAUAGCGGCGUUUAUAACCACUCGCCGUCUACGGAAACUGACCAUCUAUUUCUACUUCAGUCUAGCGAUAUCCGACCUUGCCGCCGGUCUACUGGUAAUGCCGUUCAUGAUUUCUUUUACACUUAAUUCAUACUGGAAGUUCGGAAAGACAAUUUGUGUGGUAUGGCUGUGCAUUGACAUGUUCGUAUACUCAACAUCGGUGUACCACAUGUGUGUCAUAUGCUUGGACCGUUUUCUGGCUGUCAAAUAUCCGUUCCGCUAUCGCGUCAAAAGAACGAAAAAACUCAUACUGACGUUUAUUGGGGUUGCGUGGGGAUUGGGCCUUGUAACCGAAGUGCCCAUCACGAUACUAUACGAACACAUUGUUGGGGAGAGCGUUAUUGACUAUCGGGUUGAAUGUGACGUGGAGUGGGUAGGCAACGCGAUCGUCACAAUAUGUAGCUUUCUAGUUACGGUCGUAAUCCCGUUCUUUUUCAUGUUAAUUUUGUACGGCCAAAUAUUCUAUAUAAUUCGUAAACGGGGAGAAGCUUUAAAGGCGAGCACUUUACGCGCAUCUUCCGGUGAAACGAACGAAAUAAAGGAGGACGCGCAAUCAAAGAAACACUUUUCCGUGGCAGGUCUAUUUUCUAAACGACUAAAAGCAGAAAAAGAUUGUGGUGAUGCGAAUGAAUCGAAAUCAGUUGGUGAUAAAAAGGAGAACAAAUCUUCGAAUAAAACACCAAUUAAGUUACGUUGGACCUUCUGGCCGGGAAAGCAAAAAAGCUACGAUUUGUCAGAUAUAGUAGCAGACAAUGGCGACCCGGGAACAGGUUGUGUGGCGGCCGCCAAGUACAACAGAAGAAGCGAUGAAGUUAUACUAUCCAGUUACGUAAACAUCGGAUUUAGUUUUGACGAAUUCUCGACGGGUUCAUCACAGGGUUUAAAAGACAAUUGUUCUGAGCAGACCCCCAACGAUCUCCAUCAAAUAACAAGCGACGAAAACGUGUCGCCAGCUUUCUAUUCGAAUCAGUCACUUGAGAUCGAGUCUUCUUUAAACAAUAACACCGAGCCGUCAUCGGCAAAUACCGUCGAAGAAAACACGCGUAACAGGGACAGAACACACCCCAACACGAUUAAAAAGAAAACGGUUAAUGAAACACAUCACAAGUCAUCCGGGAAGUCUCGAUCAAGUGAAGUGAGGGCUGCAACGACACUCGGAAUCCUACUCGGCGUAUUUCUCAUCACUUGGUUGCCAUGGAAAAUAACGACGAUCGUGGACGCGUUCGCAAACACGUACACGUUUCCCGACGUUUGGUACGACAUCGCUAUAUGGCUACAAUAUUCUAACUCAAUGAUAAAUCCGUUCUUAUACGUGUUCAGAGAGAAAAACUUCAGAAUAGCGAUUAAAAGAAUCCUGUGCCGGGUAUUUUGUUGCCGAAAAAACGCAUCGUCAUCUCCAGUUUAUUCCACGGGGUCGCGUAGCUCGGUGGCAACGGUAUCACGAAAGACCAGUCCACAUCGUAAAUAA